AUGAGUAAUAUUUAUCUCAUCCAACAGAAAACCCUCCUUCUUGGUACACAUUCCGGCCUCGAGAUAUGCCGGGAAAUACAUCACCAGAGGCUUAUCAUCAACUCGUCAACCAGUUCUCGAUCGCAGCUUGAUCCAUUAAGUGUUGCUAUGUACAUUCUCCUCACAAGAAAGGAGGGAGGGGAGGGGGGCAAGAAGUUUGUGAGCUCCUCGAUACCGGAAGUUCAAUCGGCCCAGCUGGCCGAGAACAUCCUCUGCGACCUCGCCACCGUCGGCGAACUGGACAGAGUGUUGGACAACUUCGUGUACCAGGCGAUUGGUGUCGCCCUAGAGGGUGCCAACAAGGCGCACCAAAGACGUGGACAGGUGAGCGUCGGACGAAUCGUCCGGCUCGAAUCCUCCUGUCAGUGA